UUUGUCUUGCUAGCUAUGCUUUACAGUGGAGUAAGCAGCAGCAUUGUGCUGGAGAAAAUGUAUGGGAGGAUCACGUCUCCCAACUUCCCAAAUGUCUACCCAAAUCACAAGGAGAGGAUCUGGAAUAUUACUGUCCCCAAGGGAUAUUCUGUCCGCAUCUACUUCACACAUUUCAACCUGGAGCUGUCCUACCUGUGUGAAUACGAUUAUGUGAAGCUGAGCUCUGCUGAGAGGACCUUGGCUACGCUGUGUGGAAAGGAUAGUACAGAUACUGAGGAGGCUCCGGGCAACAAGACAUACGUCUCUGUUGACAACCACCUCAUGGUAGUGUUUCGCUCUGACUACUCCAACGAGAAACCAUUCACAGGCUUCGAGGCCUUUUAUGCUGCUGAAGAUAUCGAUGAGUGCAAACAGCUGUUUGAUGGUGAACCCCUCUGCAAUCAUCACUGUCACAACUAUGUGGGGGGCUACUAUUGCAGCUGUCGGGUUGGCUACACACUGCAUGAAAACAAGAGGACAUGCACAGCCAGCCGUCAGAGUCAGGCUUUUGCUGAAAGAAUUGGAGAAAUCACCAGCCCUGACUAUCCAACACCUUAUCCCCCGCUCAGCUCCUGCAGCUACAAUAUCCAGGUGGAAGAUGGCUUCCUGAUCACGCUGCAGUUCACGGAGACCUUUAACGUGGAGACACACCCAGGAGUGUUGUGCCCCUAUGAUGUCCCUAAGGUUAAAACACCCAAAAAGCAAUUUGGCCCAUUCUGUGGAAAGACUUUGCCAGCAAAAACUGAGACACAGGCUAGUGUUGUGAAAAUUACUUUCAUAACUGAUAUCUCAGGAGCACACACUGAGUGGAAAACGAAAUACACAGCAGCAGGUUUGCCAUGUCCCAGUCCUGAAGCACCACCCCACGGUCACAUCGCACCAGUGCAAGCGCGGGACAUUCUGGGUGACCGCUGUGCUCUCUCUUGUGACAUCGGAUGGGUGCUACUUGAGAAUUAAAAUGUGGUGAAGUCUUUUGUAGCAGAAUGUCAAAAGGAUGCUUCUUGGAACAGCAAAGUUGCAUUUUGUAUUUUUGGUGACUGUGGUCAGCCUGCGGACACAGACAGCAGUGCCGUUACGUAUGUUACGGGGCCUGAGAAGACCACCUACAAUGCUGAAAUUUAGCACCCGUGUGAAGCUCCCCUCUGCACCAUGAAGGCUAAUGAUAAUGGUGAACAGCUAUGCAGUGAUGAUGGAUCCUGGAAAAACUCCAAAGGGGAAAUAGCAGUUCCUGUCUCUGAACCAGUUUGUGGAAUGCAGAGAAGUGGAACUGUGGAGCGUAUAUACAGAGGAAGGCAAGCCCAGCCUGGAGAAUUUUCCUGGCAAGUAAUGUUAAUUACAGAGCAAGGAGGAUUAGGAGGUGGUUCGCUUUUGUAGGACAACUGGGUUCUAGCAGCUGCUGAUGUCAUAGUUGAUCAAAGAAACCCCUCAGCUUUGAGGAUUAAACUGGGGAUUUUGAACCAACGCUCAUUGCUAAGCAGCAGCUUGGGCAGAAAAAAAACUUUUAUUCAUGAAGGUUAUAAAAAUGAUCUUGUCAGCUUUGACAAUGAUGCUGCGCGCGUUAGACUGCAGCAUAAAGCCUCGAUUAGCACCAGUAUCACACCCGUUUGUUUACCAGGAAAAGAAGAGAUUUCAAAUGAGAGCAAAUGAUGGGGUAGAACUGAGACGAGGAGCUCUUCUGUUCUCCUGCUGCAUACCGAGGUGGUGGUCAGUAGCCCGAAAGAACGUACAGCUGUGUACGCAAAUAAACCAUUUAAUGGAAAAUCUGUUCUGGUAACAGAAAAGCUGCUGUGUGCUGGAGCUGAGGAGGGUGGUGGAGGACCACUGGUGCUCUUAGGUGCUCAGCCCAGCAAAGGGUUUAUUGUUGGCAUUGUGUCCUGGGGCGCAGACUGUGCUUUUGCAGGGGUUUAUGGGGUUUAUACAGGAGUCACCAGUUACGUGCCUUCGAUUGAAAGCAUUAUUUUAAGUAGGUCCUAA